CAAACGCAAGUCACUUCGAAGUUUCCAACAACCUUGCUGAACAAGUGUCCCGCAAAGUCUCGGACACGUUGAACACUCAAUCCCACUCACGCAUACAUUCAAACAGAGCACGACAAACAAAAAACAAAGGUGGCAAAUAAAAUGAAACAGAGCUAAAGCAAGGAACAGUAACUGCUCUUCUCCUCUCAAAGAAGGGUUUUGUGAUCGAUCAUAUUGCCAAGGAAGCAAAGAAUCUUACAGGAGCCACUCUGCUACUCUCUUUCUGCAAGUUUUGAUCUUUCAUGGAGUACAAAUCAGAUGAAACUAUGCAUGAUGAGAAUGAGAACAUUAUGGGGAGUGAAGUAUCUCAAUCCAAUCGGAGUGAGAUGGAUGGCAAAGAUGUUCUAGAUCCGGUUUUAAGUCCUCCAGUAAAUCCUGCACAAGUUGACAUGGCUGAUUGGAAAGUUGGAGAACUUGUUCUGAGAGAUGCACCUCCCAAAGAAAUGGAGGCUUCUUGGGAAGUUAACAUGGAGGCCUGCAUUACAACUGAUGAUGUUAUAUGGGCUGGAGGCUUUGGAGCAAGGGAUGAUAUAAGUAGCUUUCUUCCCGUUGCUAGCGAUUCUACUGACUUUGAAGCUACUAUCCGUGAUGCCCGAGAGUAUGAAGAACCACAGGGGGAUAUAUGCAGACCGGGUCUUGGCUGGACAGAAGCUACAGAAGCAGAAUAGUUUUGUUGUCACCACCACCCCCAAGUUGUUGCACUUGACUUUUCUCAUAGUACUUGCUUAUAAGAUAUUGAGGUAUGUUAACCACAUGUUGGUUCAUGAUCUGGGUUAAUUUUAAGGAGCCACUUUAUCUUCCUUUUAGCGCGCACUGUUAUUUUCGUGGAAGAGAUGUCAUCUGUAUGAGGAACCAAUAUGACAUUACUAUACUCUGUUUAAUAUGCAGCAUAUGCUUAAACUCUUCCUCUGUGAGGCUGAUGGGUUACAUCUA